GUGUAGUUCUGCUGGCGAAAUGGCAUCAUUUACCGUAGCUUAUCCCCAAGGUGGGGGAUGUUUUGGAGUCAGCUGUACGAACAAAAGCAUAGCUUUACUUGUGUUAGCAUGUCCCGGAAUAAAAGUGUCUUUAGCAUGAUGUUAGAGUUUUUAACAGUGACUUUCCUGAGAGAGACCUGGCUGAUGGCGUUGCGUCCCCUUCAAAGGGUUUGCUGUGCAGCUGUGCCGGUGGCAUUAUGCAGGCAACUCCCAGGUGAUGCUGUUUUUGCUAGCAAAGACUCUUAAAAUGAGCAAGAACAGUGCUGAGAGUAAGGGUUUUGCUGCUGUGACCGUGAAGGGGAAGUGUUUUAGAUGCUUUUUUUUUCUUUUCCUUUUCACCUCUUUCCACUGUCUUUUUCUAGCUACUAUUGCUAAUAAAUGUUUCUAUUGUAGGUAAGGGCACAGUCCUGCAACAAAAAUGAUGUUUAAACUCCUAAGUCUCUUAAGUACUUGGGGGAGAUGGGGAAUUCUCCACUUUAUUCUAAUCAUGGUGAGCUGUAACUCAUCUGCAGUCAUGAGAGAGAACCUGUGACACUCAAGACACUCUUGCUCGGUUUCUGUCUCUUGCUACGAGCACAGAACUGCUAAUUUUGCAGUAACUGCUCCUGCUGCUAUCUACGAUAUAAUAAUCUUGAGUCCUUCAAAGACUGCUUGUGUGUGCAACAGAUAGACAAAAAGAAAAGGGCAGGAAAUCCUCCCGAGAGAGGAAAGAGGGACUUGAAGUCGCCAGUGCGCAGCACAGAUGUUUGGAAAAAGCGUCUCUGUCACUUACUCCAGCAGUAGCGAAAGGCCGGAUUCCCCUCUCGUAGUGCGCUGGGCUGAAGAGUACACUGGCCCUUUCCCUAUUUCCAUCCUUCUUUGUUUAAAGCCCCUUUCCAAUCUGGAACUCUUCUGCCAAGUUGCAGAGCAGGGGGGAUUUUUAUUAGAUGUCAAAUUCCCCCAGCCACCUGUUUAUCAUAGUCCCGGGGGCUGCGCCCUUGCACUCUGCUUCCUUUGCAAAGCGUCGGGCUUGCUUCCAAGGCCCUGCGUUCAUCUGGUUUCUUGGACUGUAUAUUCCAGAUCUUACAUUCACUUUCUGUCUUAGUCAUGUGAUCGUGAAGUGAACUCGAGUGGGAGGGGGACAGUUUAUAACCUUCUUAAAUUUCCAGAAAAGGAGGAGAAAGGUGCUGUGGCUGAAUUCUUGCCAGAUUGGUGUCGUGGAACCAAAUCAUGGUGCUCCAGGUUUCCACCAAAAAGUCGAGUCCAGACUGUGGCAUGCUGCGUACGGAGCUGUUUCGCUGCCAUCUGGCACACCAGUCGGGAUUUGAGAUCAGUGUGUGCUGACAGGAGCAGAUGAGCAAAGAGAGAUUUCUCUGAAGAUUAGAGUCCCCCGCAGUCCUGCCCCUGGAAGCGGUCCAGCAGCUGUGUCUCUGGCUGUCGUCACUACAGAUCUGGAAAAGAAAGAAGAGGAGAAGAAAAAUGUCCCAUGCUUUAAAGCAGGUGUUCAAUAAAGACAAAACCUUCCGGCCCAAACGCAAGUUUGAGCCGGGGACUCAGCGGUUUGAGCUGCACAAGAAGGCUCAGGCCUCUCUCAAUGCUGGCCUGGACUUGAAAGUUGCCGUCCAGCUGCCACCAGGGGAGGAGCAGAACGACUGGGUGGCAGUGCACGUGGUGGACUUCUUCAAUCGCAUCAACCUGAUAUACGGCACCAUCAGUGACUAUUGCACAGAGCAGUCCUGCCCAGUCAUGUCUGGGGGUCCCAAGUACGAAUACAGAUGGCAGGACGAGCACAAGUACCGGAAACCCACGGCGCUCUCUGCUCCCCAGUACAUGAACCUCCUGAUGGACUGGAUUGAGGUACAGAUCAACAACGAGGAGAUCUUUCCCACUAAUGUUGGUACUCCGUUUCCUAAGAACUUUCUCCCGGUGGUGAAGAAAAUUCUCUCCAGGCUCUUCCGGGUCUUUGUCCACGUCUACAUCCACCACUUUGACAGGAUCACCCAGAUGGGGUCGGAAGCCCAUGUGAACACCUGCUACAAGCACUUUUACUACUUUGUGAAAGAGUUCAAUCUAAUAGACACCAAGGAGUUGGAACCACUGAAGGAAAUGACCUCCCGGAUGUGCCACUGAGAUCAGACCUUCCUGCUCUCACCUUGAUGUCUCUUCAAGGACUCCGGGUCCCACUCCUGCAUUGGAGACAUGGUUUAAGGGGAGGACAGAGACGCUUUGUUAAAGAAAUCUAUAUAUUUUUAAUGAGUUUCAAUGUAAAACUGUGAGAUUGCAGGAAUAUUUUUUUAAAGAUGCUCUAGAUAAACUAGUUUUUUAUAGUAAUUUCUAUUGAAGAAAAAAAAAAAAAAGAAAAUAUUUUUGGCCACUUGGUGGAAAUACUCAUUCCCUAAGGAGGGAAGAGCUACGCUGUGCUGCCUCUUCCCUGUCCUCUCACCACAGUGGUAUUAAGCGAGCUGAGAUGCUUCAGGUAGAGCCAUGCUGUGUGUAGCUGGUGCCAAGAAGGAAGCAGUACUUCCCUCUGGACGCUAACUCCCACCUUGAAGGGAGGUUACAUGGGGAUGGAGAAAGAAAUGCUUGUGUGUCUGGGUUCACUGGGGCGCUGCAAGGAGCUGUUUGCUUCCAGCACCUCUUCCACUGGCUUUAAGUUGAGGUUGUGGACAGAGCUGCUCUUGCACCCUUGUACCGGGCAGCCUGUCCCCGAGAUCUGGCCCACCUUUCUUUCUCUCUAAAAGAACUUGGACUUCUUUGGCUUUCAUGGCUAGGCCAGAGCUGCCACUGCUGGUGGAUUUUUGUCCCGUGUGGAUACCAACGGGGCCUUGGCUAACUUGUGCCAGCCUUCUCCCAUUGCUGUGCUGAGCUGGAGCGCUCCUCUUGUGAACCUGCUCUUGCCUUUUACAUCAGCUCUGAGCUGAGCUUCUCCCCGCGGCGUAACCCAGCCGUGGCUCUGGGUGCAACAUCCCCACGAAGGGCUGGGAUCGACGCUGACAGCAUUAGGACGCACCGGCCUUGGCCUCUUGUGAAUGAGCAGAGGGAAGCCACUGGGACGGAAGUGGGGAAGUCUUUUCAAACACCUGCGCUUCCCUUUUUCCUUGCCGUAAGGCCGACCCUGCCAAGAAGGAACUGGGCUGGUUGCUCUCCAGCCUCACUUACUGGCUCUAUGUGGACAAUUUUCUGAUUCCCAUGAGGGUACUAAACCUUAUCUCUCUUCCGGAGCAACACUUCCCCGCUCUGCUGUACACAUCUCUUCAUAACCAAAGUAUCUGGUACGUAGCCAGAGACCGUGAGCCUUACAUACUGCUUGCAUGAGCAGCUCUGCUGUGUGAUGAGAGCUUGGCGGUGCCCCUGAGGUAGGUAGAUAGGUCUACCUAGGAUUUUGGGGGUGGGGGGGAAAGCAGGGCUUACAGUAAGAGGAAAAAGGGGGUUUAAUGAACAGUGACCAAACUGUACCACUAGCCGCUUCUUCCUUAUAAAGAUUUUUCUGUGUCCUGGAAUCUCUGUACAUAUGUGACUCUCAUUUCUUGUACUAUCAUUAGGACACUUUUACAAAUACCACUAUAGUUGUUGAAAUGGAACCAAUAAAUUAUAUUGUAUUUACAUAGCAA